UUUUUUUUUUUUGUUGUCCCGUGGAGCCAGGGAACUCUGCAGGCUCCGACUUGGAGAGCGAGGGCGACCCUGGGCGCGUGUGUAAAUCAGUCACCUGAGCGCAGAGGGGCCGCGGCGAGGGCGCGCGCGGGCGGGCGGGCGGGGAGAGGCGGAGGCGGCGAGAGCGGCGGCCCGGAGGAAAUCGGGAGGGGGAGGGAAAGAAAGGCCGAGACAGAAGCAGCGAGAGGCGGCCGAGGGGCUGGUCCAGGCGCGGCCGCUAAGAGGAGACCAAGAGGCGGGGGCUGCACUUGACAACCAGCAUGCCGAGAUGUCAGAAGAGGCAGAAGUGGAUGUGAGAGAAAGAGAGACACAGAGAGACAGAGAGCCAAAGAGGGCAAGAGACUUGACUUUAAGAGACUCCUGUACUGACAACUCCAUGCAGUUCGGAACCAGAACGACUACGGCUGAACCAGGGUUCAUGGGGACAUGGCAAAACGCUGAUACUAACCUCUUAUUCAGAAUGUCCCAACAGGUUCCAGUGGCAUGUGCUGGCAGAGUGCUGGGUGCAGACUUUUGCCCAAACCUGGAGGAGCCAGACCAGAGGCUGGAAGUCCAGGCCAUCCGUUGCACACUGGUAAACUGCACGUGUGAAUGUUUUCAACCAGGGAAGAUUAACCUGAGGACUUGCGAUCAGUGUAAACAUGGCUGGGUGGCACAUGCCUUGGAUAAGCUCAGCACGCAGCACCUAUACCACCCCACCCAGGUGGAGAUUGUGCAGUCCAACGUGGUGUUCGACAUCAGCAGCCUGAUGCUCUACGGGACACAAGCGGUGCCUGUGCGGCUAAAGAUCCUUCUAGACCGUCUCUUCAGUGUCCUGAAGCAGGAGGAGGUGUUGCACAUCUUGCACGGCCUGGGCUGGACUCUGCGGGACUACGUCCGGGGGUACAUCCUUCAGGAUGCUGCCGGCAAGGUGCUGGACCGCUGGGCCAUCAUGUCUCGAGAAGAGGAAAUCAUCACCCUUCAGCAGUUUCUGCGAUUUGGAGAAACCAAAUCCAUUGUGGAGCUGAUGGCAAUUCAGGAGAAAGAAGGGCAGGCCGUAGCCGUACCAUCUUCAAAGACAGACUCAGACAUAAGGACUUUCAUUGAGAGCAAUAAUCGCACUCGGAGUCCCAGCCUUCUUGCUCACCUAGAGAACAGCAACCCUUCCAGCAUUCAUCAUUUCGAAAACAUCCCCAACAGCCUUGCAUUUCUGCUUCCAUUCCAGUAUAUAAACCCAGUCUCAGCCCCACUGCUUGGAUUGCCUCCAAACGGGCUACUGUUAGAGCAACCAGGACUGAGGCUGCGGGAACCAAGCCUUUCAACCCAGAAUGAAUACAAUGAGAGCAGUGAAUCUGAAGUAUCUCCCACACCUUAUAAGAAUGAUCAGACGCCUAAUAGAAAUGCCCUGACCAGCAUUACCAAUGUGGAGCCCAAAACUGAGCCAGCCUGUGUGUCCCCCAUUCAGAAUUCUGCCCCAGUCAGUGAUCUAACCAAAACUGAACACCCAAAAAGCUCAUUCCGGAUUCAUCGGAUGAGAAGGAUGGGGUCAGCCUCUAGGAAAGGAAGAGUGUUCUGUAAUGCAUGUGGGAAGACAUUCUAUGACAAAGGUACUCUCAAAAUUCAUUAUAAUGCUGUUCACCUGAAGAUCAAACACCGAUGCACCAUCGAGGGUUGCAACAUGGUCUUUAGCUCCCUCCGAAGCCGGAAUCGCCACAGUGCGAACCCUAAUCCUCGCCUUCACAUGCCUAUGCUACGAAAUAACCGAGACAAAGAUUUAAUUCGUGCCACAUCAGGAGCUGCCACUCCUGUUAUAGCAAGUACAAAAUCAAAUCUCACACUCACAAGCCCUGGCCGGCCCCCAAUGGGUUUUACCACUCCCCCAUUAGACCCCGUCUUACAGAAUCCUCUGCCUAGCCAGCUGGUUUUUUCUGGGCUAAAGACUGUACAGCCAGUUCCUCCGUUUUAUAGAAGUUUACUCACUCCGGGGGAAAUGGUGAGUCCUCCAACCUCCCUCCCAACAAGUCCCAUCAUUCCAGCCAGUGGUACCAUAGAGCAGCACCCCCCACCACCCUCUGAGCCCAUAGCACCAGUAGUGAUGAUGGCCACUCAUGAGCCCAGUGCUGACCUGGCACCCAAGAAGAAGCCCAGGAAGUCCAGCAUGCCUGUGAAGAUUGAGAAGGAAAUCAUUGAUACCGCUGAUGAGUUUGACGAUGAAGAUGAUGACCCUAAUGAUGGCGGAGCUGUGGUCAACGAUGUGAGCCAUGACAAUCAUUGCCACUCCCAAGAGGAGAUGAGUCCAGGCAUUUCUGUGAAGGACUUUUCUAAACAUAGCAGGACCCGGUGCAUUUCAAGGACUGAAAUAAGAAGGGCUGACAGCAUGACUUCUGAGGACCAAGAACCUGAGCGGGACUAUGAGAAUGAAUCUGAGUCUUCAGAGCCCAAACUAGGUGAGGAGUCCAUGGAAGGCGAUGAGCACAUUCACAGUGAAGUGAGCGAAAAAGUCCUGAUGAGCAGUGAGAGGCCUGAUGAGAACCACAGUGAGCCCUCUCACCAGGAUGUCAUCAAGGUGAAGGAAGAAUUUACAGAUCCCACUUAUGACAUGUUUUACAUGAGCCAGUAUGGUCUGUACAAUGGUGGGGGGGCCAGCAUGGCAGCCCUGCAUGAAAGUUUCACAUCGUCUCUGAAUUACGGCAGCCCUCAAAAGUUCUCCCCAGAAGGUGACCUGUGUUCUAGCCCAGACCCCAAAAUCUGUUACGUGUGCAAGAAGAGUUUCAAAAGCUCCUACAGUGUGAAGCUUCACUACAGGAACGUUCACUUAAAAGAGAUGCAUGUCUGCACAGUGGCUGGCUGCAAUGCUGCCUUCCCCUCUCGCCGAAGCAGAGACAGACACAGUGCCAACAUAAACCUGCAUCGCAAACUGUUGACCAAAGAACUCGAUGACAUGGGCCUGGACUCAGCGCAGCCCUCUCUUAGCAAGGGCCUCCGGGAUGAAUUUUUGAUGAAGAUCUAUGGUGCCCAGCACCCCUUGGGGCUCGAUGUCAGGGAAGACGCCUCCUCUCCCGCAGGGACUGAAGACUCCCACCUGAACGGGUACGGGAGAGGCAUGGCGGAGGACUACAUGGUCCUUGACCUGAGCACCACCUCCAGCCUCCAGUCCAGCAGCAGCAUCCAUUCUUCCCGAGAAUCCGACGCAGGCAGCGACGAGGGUAUUCUUCUCGACGACAUUGACGGGGCGAGUGACAGUGGGGAGUCAGCGCACAAGGCCGAGGCCCCUGCCCUCCCUGGCAGUCUAGGGGCUGAAGUUUCAGGAUCUCUGAUGUUCAACAGCUUGUCCGGGAGCAAUGGUGGGAUCAUGUGCAACAUUUGCCACAAAAUGUACAGCAACAAGGGGACUCUGAGAGUGCACUACAAAACUGUGCAUUUGCGAGAAAUGCACAAGUGCAAAGUCCCUGGUUGCAAUAUGAUGUUCUCCUCUGUGCGAAGCCGAAAUCGGCACAGUCAGAACCCUAAUCUCCACAAAAACAUUCCCUUCACUUCAGUAGAUUAGUCUCAGAAUGGACACUACAAAUGCCAGCUCUCACCAGAUGGCCUACAUGUUUGAACUGCCAUAGUCAGUGUGUGCUUGUGUACCUGUGUGUGUGUGUAUGUGUGUGUGUGUGUAUACACAUGUACGCCUCUGUGUCUACAUACACACACACACACACACACACACAUUUUCUUUUCUUUAGAUAUAAAAAGAUAAACACUAGGUGCUUUUGAAAUUGUUUUUCUUUUUCCUUUAUAGUUUUGGGAAAGGGGUGGGAUCUUUAAUUUGGGCGUGAAAACAAAGUACCCUUAAAACACACAUACACACACACACACAUAAAGUGUGCAACCGGCCCAAAUUCUGACAGAAUAAGAAUUCUUGGUCCUCUGCAAAGGGACAGUUUCUUGUACCCAUGACUGUUGCCUGCAAAAAUAUAAAAGGGAAAAAAAAAAAGAAAAAAGAAACAAAAAAGGAACUUCUAAUAGUUGUCUUUUGUGAACUUUAAGGUUUUGAGAGAAUCUUCAAUUAAAGCAUGGCAGAUUCACCUGUAAAUAUUUAGCCUUGAGAGGCCAAUGAUGUAAAGCAAUUGUAUUGAUGGUUGUUUAACUCUUUUGUUUAAUUUUUACAGUUACAUCCAGCUGUUAGAUAUGCAGGAAAAAAAAUAGUUUGCUGGCUAGCUCUUUUCAUUUAUGUUAGCAUUAAUGCACAUUUCUUUAAAAAAAAAAAACAACAAAAAAACCAUGGUCUUGUUUUUACUACCUGCUAGAUAGAGUGAUAAGGAGGUGCUGGCAUGCUUUACAGCACAGAUCUGAUUUUUGAAAAUGUCCUGUACUAGUACAUAAACCCAGUCAUGCACUUUUUUUCAUACACUACAAGGGGACGUGUAAUAUCCAUGCUUCUUUUUUAUCCUUAAACUAUUGCCAUACUUCAAGUAAGUGUCUUUUUUAAAAAAAUUCACUUGUAUAAAAAUGGUCUGGUCAGUAUAGGGCACAAAUGCCAAACAAAAGUAUUAGUGUUAACACAAAACUGCCAACUUUGCACAGGUUUCCAGAAAAGAAAAUACAAUUAGUCACUCAACAUAACCACAGGCCAAUUUGUCGGCCACCAGAAAACUGCUUUAAAAAAAAAAACAAAAAAAAAACACUUGGUGAUUCUUUCAAGUGCCGAAUGUUAUUAGAAUCAACAUUGCAUCCUUCUUGCUUAUAUGUUAAGUUACAUAAAAGGAAAACAAAAUUAUGUGGUGUGAAACAGCCAAGGCAUUUAUUCUUCAGAGGCAGGAUAAUAUUUCAGGAUACAAAAGCCCAAAUUACUCACUAUGGAACAAAGCUGAAUGCAGUAACAGUGUUGAACACUCAUUUGCAGGACCUACCCCUUCUCCUUUAAAAAGAAAGCAAAAGUCUGAACUGGGUUGGUCUGUUGUAUGGCUGUGUAAUUUGUUGCAAGUUCUGCAGUAGUCCUAUGAUUCAGGCCUGUCUGAUAGACAAAAUCAAAAGACGUUUCACAGCAGCAGUACUUGGAAGCUUUGAAAACAUGUGCUGAACUUGAAUUGAGCAACACUCCUUUCUGAAAAGCCAGACGAAGGGGGGUUUAAAAUAGGAUCUCUCACUGUUGAGUGUUUUGUGUUUCCCCACAUGAUUUGUCAGAGAGAAAUGAAAGCAAGCCUGAAACCAAGCAAUUGAGAGUGAGAAAGAGGGGGAGGCGAUUCUCCAAACCUUUUUUGUUUUGUUUUGUUUUGUUUCCGAUGUUUACACAUGUUGCCUGAGCUGGUUAACCACAUGGGCAGCCCUCAGCUACCACAACAUACUCACUAAAUGAUGAUAUUUACUCAAGUUCAGUCUGCAGCCAAAACCAUUAGGAUGUGCACUGCAGACUGUAUUUGUUUUUUUUUUUUCUUUUUUUUUUUUUUAAGGUGGGGGUGGGAGGGGGGGAGACAGAUAAACAAGGAAUAUUUUGUCUAACAGUACACAAUAAUUUAAAAGAGAAUGUAUUUCUUUUCUGCAUUUAGUGGCCUCAAACAUUUCUCUCCUCAGUCUAAAAGUUAGAAAUGCCCCCCUUUGUUUUAACUUUGCAUGUUGUUUCCAUUUUUCAUAUGUUUUGUAAUUAUUUUUUCUAUGUUCACAUCAGCAUUCACUUCCGUUAAAUUUGCCAAAGGAAACUGUUAAUAUGUUUCUGUUGUUAUUAUUAUUCCUGUAGGAUUUAUUGUACCUCACAGUAUUUAUUGUUUCCAAAAAUAAGCAUCAUUAGUUGAGGAUUCAGUAUUUUUAUUUGUAAAAAUUUCAGAAACAAUAGAUUCUUAAAGAUAAGCUAGACUUGUCUAGAAGCUUCAUCUUCUCAUCUCCUUCAGAGGAUACUAUGGGGUUCAUUUAAUUCACUUUGUUCUCCAGUGAGGAAAGACCAAAAGUAUUUGCAGUACAAAAGAAACCAUAUCAAACACUAUGUCUGUUAAAUGACAAAUGUUUACGGUAAAAAGCUGAGGAAUUAGUAAUAACCAUUUUUGUUUUCUUGUACCUUUGAAUUCCCCAAAGUCUUAAUUGCUUUAUUUUGGUGUUGUGUUAAAUUGAAUAGACAGAGAUGUUUUCCUUUGUUUUAUACCAUAUAAGACUAUGUACAGUAUGUUUGUGAAAAACUGAACUAGAAUAAUGAAAGUUUGUUUGCAAACA